UAACCCUCAGCCAGCAUGCCGAAGGAAGCAAAACAAGAAGAGCGGUAUUUUUAGGGUCAUUAAUUUCGACCACGUGGCCAGUAGGUAAACCGGAUGGCCGUUGCGCAAAGGCUCCUCGUCAGUAUGUCCUGCGAGGCCGGCACGCCGCACUGGACGCUGACCGCGGUGGUUCUCCUGGGCUUUCUGCUGGGGAUCGUGUCAGCGUACCCGUUACCGAGCAGCAGGACCAAUGCAACUUCACUGGAGAAACGAUGGGAGACCCUCUUCUCCCGCUCGGUGUUCGGGAUCUCCGGGGAGAAACCGGAGCGCAACUGGGAGACCGACUAUCUGGUGGGCAUCAAAAGAGUACGGAGGCUCUACUGCAACGUGGGCAUCGGGUUUCACCUGCAGGUCCUCCCCGGCGGCAGGAUAAACGGUGUACAUAAUGAGAACCAGUACAGUCUAAUAGAGAUCUCCUCGGUGGACAGAGGAGUGGUGAGCCUAUAUGGGGUGAGGAGUGAGUUGUUUGUCGCAAUGAACAGCCGUGGAAGGUUAUACGGAACGACAGUCUUCCAUGACGAGUGCCAGUUCAAGGAGAGCUUGCUCGCCAACAACUACAACGCCUACGAGUCUCUGGUGCACAGAGGCUCCUACAUCGCACUCAACAAGCGCGGCCGCGCGAAGAGGGGCAACCGGGCCACCACCGCCAUGACUGUGACGCACUUCCUACCCCGAAUAUGACGAGCGAAAACUGGCAAUAACAAACUCUUUUGCACAUGUGGAUUAUUUCCCAGGUAACAUAAAUACCGUAUACGUACGUACAAACACAAAAGACAACAUGGACUGUCAAAGAAAGAAAUACCACUAUAUCUGAUAGUAUUUAUUCAAACUUUAUAUGUAUAUUUGGGUAGCUUCCUUUGUAUUAGAAAUUAUGGAAAUGCCAUUCUUUGCUGCUUUUAUGAUUUUCAUCAUUUUGUGAUAUGAUGGGGAUGGAGAGCCCCCCCCCCCUUCGGUUUAUUUGGGUGGAUGACAGCUCAUCCUUGUGAAAAUGAAAUGGAUACUUUAUUACCUCAAAGCACCAUUUCCCCGCAACGUAGAAGGGGAAGAAGAUAAAGAUAAAUGUGUGCAUGACAUUUCUACAGAGAAGAAUGCCUGUUUACUGAAAAUAUGUUUUCGUCGUCAUCCAUCAAGGAUUUGAACGCCUCAAUCGUGUCUGUCACUGUCACGGCAACCAGGACACUUGCAAAAAUGGCGGUGUUUUUGUUGUUGUUGCUCCGUCAUGAGAUGGCGGCGCUUUGGAUUCCCACUCGCGGCCCCGUCGCCAUUGCAUGCGAGAAACAUGGUGCUCGAGUCAGAAAAAGGAACGAGACGCGAGUCUUCACCCCCUCAGACACCACCGGAGGCUUUAGCCCGAUUCCGAGAGGGCCAGAGGAUUCUCAACUUUAUUUUCUUUGCAUAAUUAUAUCAAUUAAGUAAUUGAGACUCUAUGCUGCACAGGCACUCAGUGGAGCCUCUUGUUAAUAUGGAAAGCUAGAUUUAGAGUCAGCACGCCUCGUGUCCAAGGGAGCUUUGACAAUCCCAGGUUUUACUUUCACACCUUUUGGAGCCGGCUCAUCGGGCCAGACUGAGGGCGACUGUGUAGUGAAUAUGGGGGCAUGCUUUUCUUUCAAGUAUAUAUGUGGUCUUGCUCGGUUUGAGAGCUUCUUAAUUUAAAAGGCUUUUCCCCUCAUUGUCGGAGGUCAAGAGGGCGUCUGUGUAACAGGAUCUUAUAGACCCUCUGAAGACACGAGAAGCCAAACGUCCUCCAUUUCUGUCUGCUGUAUAUUUCGCUCCAGUUCAAAUUGAGUUAUGCUUCAUCGUCAGAACCUGUUGCAUCUGCUCUGUAGCCGGGCGAGUUUAUUCAAUCUCAGUUUUGAAAAUGAAUUGAGAAAAUGUCAACUUUAUAGCAAAAGUGAAAAUGCGAGCGGCUUCUUGUGAAAGUAAAAAACUAAAAACGAGCAACGAUGCCAGAAGCAGUGAGCCAAAGGGUCAUCACCGACGUGCGCCCGGCUUUGUUUACGCAGCAAAUACUUGAAUCCAACAACUGCUCGCGCUCCUCUUUCACACAGCGUAGGUUUCCAUUGUGGAGGCGAGGAGGACGAGGAGCACGCAGAGUUGAAGACUUGGAUGGCCCUCAGCAUGUGGCACUUGUUGUUUGUUUAACUUGGCGAGGAUGUGAGUAAUGUGGGGUAAAAUACCUGAGCGCCAGACUCGCAGGCCCCUCGGCGGUUGGUGUCAGACGGGACGGUCAGCACAGGGGAUUCUUGUCCCAUUCAUCGGAGCCAUUUUUGUACCAAGGCCGAAGAUAUGCGCUUUCGGCCCUUUGCGUUACGGAUGCAGACGUGUUGGGUCCAUCUCCGCGUCUUCGGUGGUUUUACAAAGCGCCGCACCUGUUGUUUCCUGCUCGAGACAUGAAUGGCUGUCGUGUAAUGUGCAAUGAGGAUGUGAAUGACUGACCCUCACCCCCCUGAGCGGAGUCUAUUUAAUGUGGAGAAGUGGUGCGUUUGAGCUCGAUGUUUAAUGAUGUUGGAUUACGUUAUUCUAUUUUGGUGCUUGACCUGCAAUAUUCUGUAAGUAGCAUAUAAUUGAAGUAAAGUACCAAGGCUAUUAUAGAUAUAUAGUUAUCAUAUUUUACCUCAUGCCCUUUCUAAUAUUACUGUAACGCAUUGACAACAUGUCUGUGAGCGAUGGCCUACGUGCCCUUUAAGCUCCAGCUUAUGUCGAGUAGCAGAGACAAAUGUGCAGUAUCUGGUGAGUUUGUGAGCAUGUGUGUGUGUGUGUGUGUGUGUGUGUGUGUGUGUUUCUGCCAAAGCGACAGUAGAGAUGGUAUCAGAUGGAUUUACCUUGAGUCCGGAUGUCUGAUGUGCUGCUCUCUGCUCGAGGCCGGAGGGACGUCUGGUCUGCGCUGUAGUCAUGUAGCAGAAGGCCACUUCAAAAGAAUCAAACGCUUCCAGGAAACGGACUCUUGAGUUGUCCGGUAAAUACUGUGAGCCCAGAUUACAACUGUCCCAGGACGUCACGUUUAAUGUUUCUCAGUAUUUACACCUCUGAUAAUUGAUUUUUCCUUCAGCAUCUUAUUACUCAUUGUGACUGACACGCCUGUAUUCAUUACAUCACUACGAUCAGAUGUUUGUUUUUGUUUUCUGGACUGACUUUGUGGCAGCGAGGAUUUUAGAAGUAUUUUGGCUUAUUUGUCAAAAAUAUUAUUUUUCAAAGGUGCAUUCUUAUUGUUAUGGAGUAAUAUUUACUGAGCCGGGGCAGAUGCUGUUUUCCCUUCAACAAAACAAGCUCACAUGCAAGAUCACAAACACUUGUUUUGAUGACAACAUUGUGAUUAUUACUGGAUGUCAUUUCUGAUUUAUUAUGGUAUGUUUCAGAGGACACUGUCACACGCAAUGAGUUGAGUGGGAAUACACUGGCUAAAGUAGUGAAGGACACCUGAUGACGUGUGUCCACCUAAAGCACCUCAGCUGGCAUCAGAUGCCCAAAACUUGAGAGAAAAUGACUGCAACUUUUGCAUGUUUUGAGAGGAGGAAAAGCUAUUCUGCAUCAUGCAUAUAGAGAAUAAACUAGUUCGUUUAAGGAUCCAGUGUCUCUGUGCUUCUCAUACCUGUUCAGCUGGUUUUAAAUGUGUUGGUUCACAGGGAACUGGAGGUCUGUGGGAGGAUCUGGGAUCAGACUAAUGUGUGUGCGAGUGUGUACAUGUGUGUGUCUGAGUCUGUCCGUGUCCCUGUGUGCUGGCAGCCUUUGUGUUUCUCUCUCAGUUUUCUAUUCCUGCACUGAGGGGAGAGUGCUUCCUCUGAGUCCCCCUCCUCUUUUUUAACAUAUACCUCACCUUCUGCCUUAGUUCCGAUUAU